AUGAAAAGCCUGUUGUUUAUCGUGGUUCUUAGUCUCCUGGCUGUGGGUUAUGCCAGGGACCAGGAAGCAGAACUUGCAAUCCGAGGAGGCAAAAAAGGUGAUCAUACUAAGAAGGGGUCCGAGGGCUACUCCCACGGUGAAUUUUUGAUGGUUAAGUGUUCGGAAAUGGCACGAAAGACUAACAAAACAUUUUUUUUCGAUAACUAACAGUAACGUAAGUUUUACACUUUUAGCUAUUUCAAUAUCCUGAGAGGAGGCUAAACAGUCCUAUUUUCACAUCGUCUUAUUCAAGGACUGGACAACGUUUUGACUUUUCAAGCUGCCUUGUUCCCGGUCGUUCUCUCUCCCCUCCGCGUCUCGCCUUUCUCGCGUGGGGUGAUUUUCACGUGCGCUCGCGUUUCGCUCGCUCAACUAUUCCUGAGGAAAAAUGGGGACUACUCGUAGUCUACUGUUAAUUAGAAACUUUAAUUGCCGGGAAUGAAUUGCCAAAAUGUCUCUGAGUAAUCAAUAAUUAAAGAGCUUCUGAAGUGGAAGGGUUCUUUCUCCUAAAAGCGUUUUAAAAAAUCGAAUAAAAAAUCUUGGCAGUAGGGAAAUAUAACGUACAACAACCCAAUCCGCCCCGGGCGACUCCUUUCCCCCAGUUUCUCAGCUGCGAAAAAUGUGAAAAUGCUUAUGACAAGGUUUGUCGUUUUCCAAACCUUAUUUCAUUAGAAAGACUUAUAAUAACGAAAAUUAUGUUUUGUAUCUCGGUUUAGCUUGUCCAGAAGGCUGGGUUGAAAACGGAAAUCAGUGCUACUUUAUACUCCCCGAAACAAAGGAAGCAUUUGUGCGGGGAUUAUACCUAUGCAAUCAACUCGGAGUAACCCUACCAAUCAUCAAAUCAGCCGAGGAGAACGCCUUCCUUUUGAGUCUGAUGGAGAGAAAAGGUGAUCCACGGCUUGGAAUGAUAGCACCCAACGGCGACAACGUCUUUGAAUGGCUCGACGGGACUGCAGUGGCCGAUACCUUCUCUGCAUGGAAUACGGGUGAGCCUAAUAACAGUGGUGGAAUAGAGAAGUGUGCGCAGUUGCACGUCAGCGAAAGUGGAAAAGGAAAGUGGAAUGACGCACCCUGUUCGAAUUCCCGAUUUAUUGUUUGCCAGAUGGAGAAGAAAUGA